AUGGAUUCUCUGGUGGCCAAGUACAGCCGGUCGGCAUAUGCGCAGAACGAGCCUCUUGAGGAUGACGAGUAUGGCCAGGAGCUGAUGAACCCGACGGCUCACCUGUCGGGCAACUUUGCCAUGCCUCCUGUUGCGCAGCCCUCUGCUUGGCUCCGCGCCGCCACAGACGACCGCUCCAACCCCGACUGCCCCAUCAAGAUUGCCCACGGAACGACGACACUUGCCUUUCGCUUCCAGGGCGGCAUCAUCGUGGCCACGGAUUCUCGAGCCACGGCCGGCAACUGGAUUGCCUCACAGACGGUCAAGAAGGUGAUUGAGAUCAACAGCGUGCUGCUGGGCACCAUGGCCGGCGGUGCCGCAGAUUGCCAGUACUGGCUCGCCUGGCUGGGCAUGCAGUGCCGCCUGCACGAGCUCCGCCACAAGCGCCGCAUCAGCGUCGCCGCCGCCAGCAAGAUCCUGGCCAACCUCAUCUACAGCUACAAGGGCAUGGGCCUCAGCAUGGGCACCAUGUGCGCCGGCGUGACCAAGGAAGAAGGCCCCGCGCUGUACUACGUCGACAGCGACGGCACGCGGCUGUCGGGCAACAUGUUUUGCGUGGGCUCCGGCCAGACAUUUGCCUAUGGUGUGCUGGAUUCCGAGUACAAGUACGAUCUGACGGACGAGGAGGCGCUGGAGCUGGGCAAGCGGAGUAUCCUGGCGGCGACGCACCGUGAUGCCUACUCUGGUGGCUACAUCAACUUGUACCAUGUCAAGGAGGCGGGCUGGGUCAAGCACGGCUUCAUGGACACGAAUCCGAUUUUCUGGGAGACGAAGCUGGAGAAGGGCGAGUUUUCAAACGUGACGAGCGCGUUGGAUUAG